AUGUCUGACUCUGAAGCGUUGAAGGUCUUUUCAAGACUGGCAGUGACGUGCGAGAUGGUGGAUUUUUUGGCUGCCUCAACGGCAUCUGUGCUCCGGGUGGAAAAACCAAAGGCACCAGUCAGUAAGUUGGGUCUGCUUUUAGUGACGCCAAAAGUUGUCUCACUUAAGCUGUUUAUUCGCCGGUUGAUCGAAUAUUCCAAUGUGCGGACUCCUACACUCAUGGCAUCUCUUGUGUUUCUUAACAGAUUGCGCCACGCCUUGCCUGGAAAUGCUGUGGGCUCUGAAACAACGCUUCAUCGGAUUUUUUUGGCCGCUCUCAUUUUGAGUGCCAAGCUGUUGAACGAUUCCAGUCCACUUAAUAAACAUUGGACAGCAUACACCGACGGGCUUUUGACCAAUGCUGAAGUCAACGCCGCGGAAAGAGACCUCAUUGGCCUUUUGCAUUGGGAUUUGACCGUACGCGAGUCCGAAUUGGUCGCUGUGCUCGAACCCUUUCUUGUUGGAAUCAAAAACGACCUUGCCCGUCGUCUUCAAAGCGAAACUCGCUCUAAGCAAGAGUGUUAUCGGUUGUCAAGUCGCAGCAGCCGCUCGCUUGCAUCGGCGCUGUCGAAACUCUCUCUUUUCUCUGCAUCGUCUUACUCCUUGGCCAGCGUCAAAUCCAGCGAUCUGCUUCGUGCCCCGUUGCGAGACAAGACUCUGGCACUCAACCGCUCGGCGUUGGCGGUUUAG